AUGUGUACAUUAAGAGGUAUAUGGAUAUUGAAAGAACAUUCAACAGGUGCAGAUGUUGUCUUUUCAAAGAGAAUCAAUACUGUUGAGGUGAGAGUGCGUCUGAUGUCAGGCUCAAACUACCAGCCUAUUCCCUCUGACAACGAUCUACUCCGAUUGUUCUACUUUGAUGUGAUAUUCCCACAGCAACAGCUGCUGCACCAGCAAUCCGCACAGAAUAUGGCAGGUUCCAUUGCAGCGCAGCAACAAGCGAAAGCAGCUGCCGCAACACUGCAACCCGGUCAACCGAAACCAGUGCCACCACCCGCCACUCAACAGCAACAACAACCUCAUAACAAUAUAUCGACAGCGUCACUCAAGCUCUAUGACUCUACACCCAAUACACACGUGAUAUCACUCAAUCAAGAUAGAAUAUGGCCACUCAUCUACAUCAAAAAGAAAAACUUUUACUUCCUGACGAUUCCGGUGAUCAACGAGUAUCUCACCAACAAUGUAAAGCCAAGUUUCAUCGAAUUACCACAGAUUACAGCAUCCGUUACCUUCCUAGAGGAAGUAGCAUUCUUUACUCAAUCGUUUCUAGCAAAGCCACCACCAUAUCCAGAGUUACAAGUUUAUUUUGCAAAUAUAAUACCGUUUGGACAACCAACGGAUUCCAAUUUCAAUAAUAUAAAGACGAUGAUUAAAUCUGGAUUUCCCUCGAAUGAGGUGUUCACUCCUCGCAGACCUGCGUGGCGUCCAUUCUUACACAAGGGAAAGCAGCAGUUGGAUUUCAUUAUCUCAGAGACUGUACAAGUGAUACAAUACGAUAGUCAAACAGUACCAGAUCAAAUCAAAGUAUUUGGUUCACUCUUUUGUAAAGCAGAGUUGGAAGGACAACCUGAAGUAUCUGCUUAUAUAACAACUCCACAACCAACAACAUCAACACAACAACCAACAACAGUAUCAUCAUCAUCAUCAUCUACCCAAAGCAAUAAUAAUGAUAUUUCAAUAACACAUAUGUCUAUAGAUUCCACUGUUCAAACUACAUCGGAUGUCGCUAUUACCAACAAGAUUACAUUCACUCCACCACUUGACAACUUCCGUGUUUUGACGUACGGUGUCAGUGGUGUCAAGACUAUUCCGAUUCGUGGAUUCUAUCAGAUGAAAGAGAUUACACCGACACUGGUAAAGAUUCUCGUUCAACUAAAGCUGAACGAUCAAAUGCAGAAUAGUUUCGAUUAUUGUUUGAUGAGAAUUCCUCUUAGUGGUCGUGGCAACAUCGUGACGGUGAACGCCAGUCCAACGACAGGAUCGAUUCACAUCGAUAUGAACCUGCGUGCAAUCAUCUGGAAUAUCGGACAGAAGUUCUCCGGUCGUAAUCUCGAGGUUGCUCUGCCGGCAGAGAUUGCAUUCGGCCCAAUAACGAACCCACCCAUAACCCCGACACUCUCGGUCACCGGCUCCAGCGGCAACCAAUCGAAUACCGCCUAUCCCAAUCAAUCGUUCCCAAUCACCGAGCAAUCGCAAGGCGACGACGACGACCGCGAUCCAUUCUGCUACAAUUCCAACACCUUUGUAAAGCUGUUCUUCAAACUACAACACUGCACUCUGAGUGGAUUCAACAUCGACCCAAAGAAGGUAUCGAUCUAUCCGGCAUCGAAAUCAAAGAUCAAUGUCGAUCGUGAGAUUGUCAGUUCCGAGUAUAUCAUUUGGAAUUCACUAUCAGAGAAUGUAAAAUCAUCAUAUCAACCACCAAAUGUUUCAAAUAUUCAAUCAACAUUAUCGUCAUCAACAACAACAGGAUUUACAACAACAACAAAUUCAUCAUUAUCAUCAUCUUCAAUAAUUUCAAAUGAAUAA